AUGUCUGAUACGGACUUCAAAGCUGCUGCUGAGGCCAGCCGAAGACUCCUCGCUAAGCCAAGCAAUGACGAACUCUUGAAGCUCUAUGCCCUCUACAAGCAGGGAACACAAGACCCCCCAUUUGAGAAGGCUCCUAGCCCAGGAAUGUUCGACAUGAAGGGAAGCCAAGUACAACGCGUGGAGGCGGUUGCUGAAGUGGAGUUACCCCAGAGAGCUAAAGUAGAAUAUAUUGCUCUUGUUGAACCCUCAAGGCCAAGUACGGCUACGAUGAGACGAAGGAGCCAGAAGCAGUUGGUGCUCAAUAGAAAAAGAAUGCAGCAUACAUUAAGGAGUCCAGAGGGAAAGGGGGAGGCAUGA